UGAGACGUAGUGAAUUUUUGCAUGCAGUGUUGUAGCGAUACGAUGUGAACGUUAUUCCUGUGAUUGUGAUGGGUUAUAGGCAACACACGCUGGGCGGAAACAGUGGGGAGAAGUUGUGUGUGUGUAUGUGUGUGUUUUCUGCCAUGAAGGAGUGGCUCAAACUUGUGUUCCUCUGUGUUUGUGUAGAUGCUUCAUGAUGAUGGUCGUUGCAUUCGGUUCGUAAGCGGAGUACGCGGAGAAAAAAAACGCAAACCACCGGUCGCAGUGAGAGGAGGUGACAACAAGGAGAAAAAAUGCCGGUACCUCCUCCACCUCCCCCUCCCCCACCCCCAACCUUCUCUCAGGCAAACACUGAGAAACCUGCCUUGAAUAGAUCGGAGCAGCAGGGCAGGAAUGCGCUACUAUCAGAUAUCACCAAAGGAACAAGGCUAAAGAAGGCGGUUACUAAUGACCGUAGCGCCCCCAUACUUGACAAACCCAAAGGUGGUGGUGGUGGUGGUGGAGGAGGCGGUGGGCCUGGAGGGGGAGGUGGGGGUGGGGGUGGGGGUGGAGGAGGUGGAGGUGGAGCUCCAGCUGGUCUGGGUGGGCUCUUCCAGGGUGGCAUGCCAAAGCUGCGCUCCACUCGAGAUGACUCAAGUGUCAGGCCUCCAGUUCUGCCACCUGGUGCUCGUAGCUCUGGUCCCCGGCCCUUCGGAGGAGGAUCUGGCUCCGCCCCUCGUCCACCUCUGCAACGCAGUGAAUCCGUUGACCCCCCUCGCCCACGAAUGACCCCACCCCGUCCUGAAACACCUGGAGGACCUCCUCCCCCUCUUCCAAGCGCCCCACGGCCCUUCCAGAGUGGGCCACAGAGCAGGGGACCACCCUCACUACCAGGAACACCUCGUCUGGGUUCCGCACCAACCCCUCCACCUCCAAACCCUCCUGGACGUCAGCCUGCACCUCCACCGGUGCCGGGUUCAUUUGGUCGGCCUCCUUCCAUUCCUUCGCCCGCAGCUGGUCAUGCUGGACGGCCUCCUCCUCCCCCUGCACCUGGUCGAGGUGAUGACCGUCCUCCACCUGUUCCCCCUGCAAACCGUUCUUGUUUGCCACUCACUCGAGACAGCGCGCCCCCUCCACCUCCUCCAUCAGCAAGUAGUAAGCCAACUCCUCCCCCAGCCCCUCCUCCAGCUCCCGCCUGUUUGCGGCCACCUGUAAGUGCAGCACCUCCUCUGCCGCCAGGACGCCCAAGCCCAUCUACUCCUGAGGAGCAUACACCACGCCUUCCUGAACGCAACCUGUCACUUGGCUCACAUCCUCCUGCUCUUCCACCUGGGCGAUCCGGACCCCUUCCUCCACCUCCUUCUGAGAGACCGCCUGCAUUGGGACGGAAUGCAGGUGGACGAACAGGUCCUCUUCCUCCUCCACCUCCUUCUGGCCGUCCAGGAGGAGGAAGUGUGAGGUCUUCACCAGCCCCUCCUCCACCGAACAGACCAGGAGUAGAGCCUCACCGUGGUGGCAGUAGACCACCGCUCCCACCAGACAGACCCUCCUCUGGACCUCUGCCCCCUCCUCCCCCAACUAUGGGCAAUGGAUACCACAAUCAGGGGCAUCAUAUAGAUGAGUGGGAAUCACGCUUCACGUUCCGACCUAUAUCGGAUCUUCCGCCCCCAGAGCCCUACAUUCCCUGUCAGAAGACCUAUCCUAGCAAAAUCGUCAGGAACGAAAGCCGAGGUUCAGGGAAGAAAGAGCGAGGUGCACCUCCCCUGCCUCCCGUACCUAGGUGAAAGAAACUGAUCGUUUUCUCAGGGCCUGACAAUCUUACCCUUACCAGAUUAUCAUAUUUUCUCUGGUACCAUCUUGUUUCUGAAAAUUUUCUGCCAUUAAAAUAUUACAACAUGUAUAAAAGAGCUACAAAAAUUACAUAUUGUGUUCAGUUAUAAACAACAUAUCUUUUAUAUUAUUUUGUUUUUGGUUGCUUUAGAGAUUAAUACAUAAUGGCUAUUAUGAGUAUGUCAGGUGAUGAGCUCUACAGUGAUACUACAGCUAAGUUUGACUUUAUGGUUGAGUGUUUUCUGAGUAAGAUGAAUUGUUUUUUGGCCUUCAGGAGAGUGUGAAUGUUUCGGCUGUUUGGCUUCUACUUAUUCAUGUUAUUGCAGGUGCACUUAUGUCUGUGUCUAAUACAAAAUAUAUCAAUGCUGAAUCAGGGCAACCAUUCCUUUAGAUAAAGGUGCUUUCAUUUAUAAAGCCGCAUAGAGCGUCAGUGUUUGUUAUACAGUCCUGCAACAGUUGCAAUAUGCAAAAUCAUUGAAGUAUUUUAGUGAGUUUUGGCGCCCCCUACCUUUCUGUCUUCAUACAACACAGUAGUUAUAUAGCAAAAGCAUUUCAAGCCCUCAAAGGUAAAAUAUCAGGUAGCUACAACAGUAUCAGACUGAAGAAGUCACUUAAAAUAUGAAGUGAAUGUGUGUUUGCUUUAGUACCAUUAUGUGUGUAUGUGUAUGUGGUGAUAAGGGCCAAAAUGAUAUACUGAAAGCUGAGUUGUCUCCACUAAGUUGCAGAUUGAUCUGUUCACAUAUGCAGUGCCUGAUGUGAAAAUCGCAAGGACUGAGUUUAUGGGGAAAAUGGGAGUUUUUUAGAUCAUCCUUCAUUUAAACAAGCCUGAGGGCUGACAUUAGAUUUUUAAAUGAAAGAUGAUUUGCCUUAAAAUCCUGUGCAGGUGUGUUUCUGUGUAUUGUAAGAUUGUAUCUGUGUUGAUAGAAGCCAAAAAGCCAAAAAUGUGUUUAAGAAGUGUUACAUUUUAUGAUAUAUGUAUGCACUUGCUUGUUUUGUUAAUGCUAGCUCAGUAUUAUGUUGCCUUCUCAGAUGUGUGCUGUUGUAUUUUCCUAAAGCGCUUGACUAAAAGUAUAUUCAACAAGUGUAUCAUACCUUGAAUUACAUUUCAUUUGUUUUCUUCAUUUAUAUACUUCGAAAGAAUCAAGAAGCCAAGCAGGGGCUUGGUUUAUGCUGCCUUAUGUUUGUUUACAUAAAGAGAAGAGAUACAAAGGCCUUUUAAUGCAACAUUAAAACGGAAAAUUGCAAUGUAGCAUAACAUCUAAACCAUCUUGAAUUUAUUAGAGAGGAGAUAGAUGAUUGCACAGCCAAAAAGAAACAAUGUUUGCAACCAACAUUUUUAGUAAUUAUUAGUAAGGCCUCUAAUUUGUUAUGUUCUGUUUGCACACGUCGCUGACAAUGCUGUGUGACCAGAUGCUAAAUAUGGUACUUUAGAUGUUCUCCUUGUGCCUUCAGAUGCACAUUUCAGUUUCAUACAACAUAUGUUGUUUGAUUUGUAUAUUUACUUUAUUACAGUCUUUUGCUAUUCUGGUGUGCCAAAUGUUGUUUUCUAAAUAAAUAUGCAAGUGAAGCUGGA